UCACAAAUAUAUAAAUUAAAUUGCGUAAAAAAUAUAUGUGUAUACAGAUAUGUAAUUGUUCUCAUCCAUUCCAUUAUUCUACAUAGAUGACGUGUAUGUGUUUGCAUUAUCAAUCAUCAUUUCUUACUUCCUUCUGCCAACGCAUUGUUUAUUUGCCACAUGAACAAGGUGGUGGAGCACAAGUGCAAACUGGUGCUGGAGGUGGUGGUGGUGGAGGUGGUGGUGGAGGUGGAGGAGGUGGUGGUGGUGGUGGAGGAGGAGGAGGUGGUGGAGGUGGUGGUGGAGGAGGUGGAGGCGCACAAGCUGGAGCAGGUGCUGGACAGAUUCUCAUACAAUGGUGGAGGCAAAUUGGUGGUGGUGGAGGAGCUGGUGGGGCAGGUGCGCCUGGUGGUCCUGGUGGUCCUGGUGGUCCUGGAGCUCCUGGUCCUCCUGGACCUCCUGGUGGCCCUGGUGGUCCUGGGGCUCCUGGGCCACCUGGUCCUCCUGGUGGUCCUGCAGGUCCUGGUGAUCCUGGUGGUCCAGGUAUUGGUGGUGGUGCGCAGGCAGGAGCUGGCGCUGGGCCACAACCAGCACUAGGUGCUGGAAUUUGAAUGACGGAUGGUGGAAGUUCUUGACAAGCACAUGGUGGUGCUGCGCAUUCACAUGGUGAGCGUUUGUUUGCUGAAAAAGAUAUUUAUGUGUACCGAAUGGUGUAUAUGUUAAACUAACAAGAAUAUUAGACUUAGCCUGUUCUAAUAUUGCAAUCCAAUUUAUUGCUGUCGCUUGAUAAAAACUUAAUCUAACUCUGAAAGCGUGUUAUUAAAAAAAUAUAUAAUAAUUUCCUCUAAUUGUUGAAGUUAAAUGCUAGUAUAUAAAAAACUACUUUGAACACUAAACUGUAUACUAACUUACUGCGGAUGAUUUUCGUAAUAUAUCGCUAUUUUACCGUGCUAGGUUACCGUG